AUGAGCCUUGCUCUGCCGAUCCACGUGUUUGUCAACAAGGAGAGCACCGGAUUAACACCGAAGCGGGUGCUCAUGCUCGGCGUUCCAACCGUCUUUGACCUCAUAACAACCGCCUUGGGAACGCUCACAGUCCAAUUCCUCCCCCUGUCGACAAACUCGCUUCUGCGAGGCUCCGUCACAAUCUUCGUCGCGAUCCAGAAGCAUUUUGUACUCAAGGAUAGGCUUUCGAGCGCAAACUGGGUGGGGAUCGGUCUCAUCAGUUGCGCAGUCCUCAUUGUCGGCGUGGUUGGGAUCGUCACAUCUGACAACACCAGUGCAGGUGGGACGCAGACAGCCCUACUGGGAGUGGUGCUCGCCUUUUUAUCCACCUUUGUCGCCAGCUUUCAGUUUGUCGUCCAAGAGAAGCUGAUGUCCGAGCUCGACACGCCGCCUCUGGUGCUGUGCGGCUGCAUGGGGCUCGCAGGCGUCGUCCUGACGCUCUGUGUCGUGUACCCGGCGUACUACCAUCUCCCUGGAGACGACCACGGCCGCUUCGAGGACUUUUACAAUACGUGGCACAAGUUCUCCCGCUCCCCCUUCAUCCAGCUUCUGCUGGGCAUCUACAGGCGCCGGCCGCUCUCGAGUCUCAAGCUCUCGUCGGUUUGGGGGGCCAUCCUGAGCAACGCGCGGCCAGCGCUAACCUGGGCGGUGCAGCUCUUCCUCUUUUAUGAAGUGACGGCGGGCGCGUACGGCGAGGCGUGGAAGGGUGCCGCCAGCUUUGUGCAGCUCGGGGGCUUUGGGCUGCUACUGCUGGGCAUGGCGGUCUACAACGGGACGAUACAGCUGCCGGGCGGGCCACGAGCGACGGAGCACCCCAUCCUGGACAUGGAGGCCUCCGUCCGCCUGUCCCUGAUGGGGCCGACGGCGUUCCGCACGUCACGCAUGUCGGUCAAGAACCCGAGUCUGAAGCAAAACCUGGUGGAGCCGUGA